CAGUAGAGCAUCUACCUAUAACGCUUCCGCAAAAACGGUGUAAUACACACAGAUCAGCCGCUUUGCGUUGCGCCUACGCCCCGAAAACCCGUCUGCAGUUAACAACGACCUACGCCUGCCCACCGCCAUCGAACACGUAACGACGACUGACGUCUGCCACCGCUGCCGUCGAUAGCGUGGGAUCCCGAGAGAGAGAGAGACGGUCACCGCGUUUUCUCCUCCGCCAACGCGAGUUGGAUAACGGCCACUCCGGGACAGAGAUCCGUUGAGCAACGUCCGCCGACCCGCCGUCCGGCCGCGAUUACGCAACUUGCCCGCUCCGACCGCAGUCCCCACCGUCCAGACAGAGCUGCGAUCAUGUGCAUGCCCGGCAACCACCGCGAAUCGAAACUCAUUACGCACGCAGAGCUCUUCGCAUUGACGCCGGUGCAACCGCUGCCGCCGACACGACCGCCGUACCAGCGUUACCGCGCCGAGCCCAGACAACAGCAACUGAUACUGCGGUCACCGGCCGCCGUCGCUCCACCGGAAGACGAAGCUCUGACCGUGGCCGGCGCGUCCAAGAAACAAGCGCCGAAUAAGCCGCGUUGCACUUGCCACGCUUAUUACGCGGCCCGAGCCAUACAAAUGGCCGAGAAUCGACGGCGCGUGGCCACGGUCGUCGACAUCCUGAUGAUCGCCCGCCUGUUCGUCGCGCUGGCCAUCGUCAUCCUGGCCACCCAGCUGAUCGUAGAGGUCAUGCACUGCGCCAACGCGUCCGGCGCCGAGAUCGGUCAACAACACUCCGAUUUCAAGAGACAGUUGCCGCCGAUCGAGCAGGGCAACGCGGUGAUCGACAGCAUAUUUCAGAUUCCCAUAAACACGCUUAACGCUGUUGGGUCGUUGAUUAAGAACGUCCGGCCUCUGAUGCGCAGGACCCGCGAACGCAUCCAGCAGUAUUACUACGGUACGGGCCAACAGCAGCAGCAACAAUACUACAACCGUCCUCAGCGUGACACCAGCCACCAGCAGAGAAAUUGCAUUGAUAUAGACUUCAGCAAACUUGAUGAUGAGGCCAUACUAAAGGAGAUAGAAAAACAACCAAAAAAAAUAGUGUAUGUAAAAAAAAGUGACCCAAAGGAGCAGACGAUUAUUGUUGUUGAUACUCCUCUAGAAGACUUCAAUUAAAAUCCUACUUAUUCUUAUAGUCCUUGCAAUUCGUAUAAGAUGAAAAGUCUUGUUACGAAUUUAUUUUUAGAAAUCCCGAAUAUUUUGGCGCAGUUCACUGACUUCCUACACAAUUUAUACUUUUUACUCUGAAAAAUACAAAUGCAGCAUUUUAUGGUUGGUAAAACCAUCUGAAUUUCAUGUUAUAUCAUGUUAUCAUCAUCCCAUUUAAUGUGUACGUUUUUUUUCUUUCAUGUUUAAAAUGUAAUACGUUGAGUUUUUGUUUUGUUUUGUUUUUUUUUUUUUUU